GAGGAGUGGAAGAAGUUCUUGCUGACAAUAGUACUUGUUACUACGAUGAGAUGCAUGUGGAGUUCAGGAUGUAUAAUCCUGGAGUCAAGCCGCUGACCGUUGACACCAAUGCAUUUAAUCCUGAAAAUAUUGAGAUGUGCAAAAUAGAUAUGAAUGGUUUUAUUUUGGUCCCUAAGGCCGGGGCGGAUGCAGCCUCAGAAGAAACUUAGAUGAGCUUGACGAGCCAACUGGCUCGGCUGUCAGCCUAUAUGGCAGACAGAGAAGGGUGCAUUGACAGUGUACCUUAUGAUUGUAUAUAUGAUGAUGGUCCUUUAGGUUUUGAAAAAAAUAAUAAUACUGACACUGUAAAAAAGGUUGAAGUGCAGGAUCCUUUGGAGGAAGUAGAUAUUGGUAACAGUGAUUAUCCUAGACCAACAUAUGUGAACAAGAUGCUGCCUGAUAAUUUCAAAAAAGAAAUGGUGGAGAUUUUGAAGGAAUAUUGCGACUGUUUUGCAUGGGAUUAUGCAGAGAUGCCAGGCUUGAGUCGUGAAUUGGUAAAACAUCAAUUGCCAUUGAAAGCCAACGUUAAACCUGUCAAGCAGCCACCAAGGAGAUUUGCCCCUGAAGUCGUGCAGAAGAUUAAAGAAGAGAUUGAAAGACUUCUUAAGGCUAAGUUUAUAAGAACAGCAAGGAAAUUUUCUUGGUUUCUUGGUGCAGAAAAAAGGGAUUGAAAUUGACAAAAAUAAGGCAAAGGCUAUCUUAGAGGCUCUUCCUCCAGCUAACAAAAAGCAACUGCAAGCAUUUUUAGGGAAGGUCAAUUACCUCAGAAGGUUCAUUUCCAAUCUGUCAGGAAAAACCAAGGUUUUUGCGCCUCUGAUCAAGUUGAAAAAAGAGGAAGAGUUCCAAUGGAAAACAGAGCAUCAAGAAGCUUUUGACAACA